AUGGACAGUCUCGAGGCACUUCGAGAGCGCCUCAAUGAGACUCUCAUCCCCCACGCCCAACGAUAUCCCCUACAAGCUAUCCUCGUCACAACCAUAAUCCUCUUCAUCACAACAAGACUCUUUACAGGCAGUUCAUCUUCUUCUAGAAAGGAUGGAUCAAAAACACCCCCUCUUGCGCCCUUUUGGGUACCCUUGUUCGGCCAUGCUCCGCGUAUUUUCCUCAGUCCUUCUUCAGCUUUGACGCGCUUCAGAGAUCGAUAUGUUCAGGGUGUCUUUUCACUCCGCUUAUUCCAGAGCAUUCACUCUUUUGUGUUUCGACCUUCUCUUGUGGCUCGUCUUCUUGAGCAGCCGGGAUCUAUCGCUGACAAGGAGUAUGUCGCUCGACGGAUUAUGAUGACCAAUUUUGGCCUUGAGAAGAAGGAUCUUGCUGCUUAUGAUAAAGCUGCUCCUGAGGUCUAUCAAAUCACCAGGGAGUAUCUGAGCGGCUCUCAUCUCGACACCCUCGCCAAUGCUGCCCUUCGCGAUCUUGACGACAAUGCUGCUGAUGCAAUCUCUUUCAACAGCUAUCCCACUGAUCAGAUGGACUGGGAGCGAGGGGCCAAUGCGGAGCUUUUGGAAAAUACAGGAGACGAAAAGAUCAUGGCUGUGGACUUCUUCGAACUCAUGAAAACCUUCGUCGCUAGAACUGCCACCAUCUCAGUCUUUGGCACAGACUUCGUCGAGGUCUACACCGAUAUCUGGCCUCAUCUGUGGAUUUUCAACGAUGCUUUCCACUCGCUCGCAAUGGGUGUCCCCGUCUGGGCGCCUUUCCCAAGCUCCCAGCGCGCCAGAUUUGCUCUAAAAAGGCUACUCACUUUCAUGCGCGAGUAUCAUACUGAGUUGGACAAGUUUCUCAGUGAUGAAGAGCCGGCGACGAAAUGGCAGGACUUUCACACCAUCAGCCCUCUUGUACGCGCCAGGACUGAAGUCUAUCGAAAGCAUGGUCUGUCCAUUGAUAUUCGCGCUGCAUUCGAUGUUGCUCUUCUUUGGGCGACUACUGUCAACUCUACGUCGCUCAUCUCCUGGUCUCUGUUCGAGUUGUAUCAGGACCAAGUUCUUCUAUCUCAAAUCCGCGAGCAAAUCACACCAUUCGUCAAGAUCGUUCAGCCUAAGAACGAAUUCGGUGGCGCUGUCUGGAUCCCUCCUCAGGUUCAGAAACUCGACCUAGAAGGUCUCGUUACUAAAUGUCCUUUGCUUCAAGGGGUAUACCUUGAGACAUUAAGGUUAUACGGUGGAGGGUGGUCAGCGAGAUACCUGAAGGAGGAUGUGAUUCUCAAAGACAAAGAAGACAGCUUUGUUCUAAAGAAGGGAACGGUCGCACACAUUGUGAAUGACCUUCAUCACUCUGAUCCUAGAAGCUUCACAGACGCCAAGGUCUGGCAAGUUGGGCGAUAUAUAGAAGAUGCCGUGGAUGAGAAGGGUGUCAAGACACAGAAGGUUGACCCGUACACAGUCCGAGCAUCAGAUGGAACAUUGACGAUGUGUGACGACUCGGAGUUUACGUUGAGAAAGGUCGCCAUGUACAUCUCGGUGUUUAUCAGCCUUUACGAACUCGAACCCGCCGGUAGUGAGAGAUGGCCAUCGCCGCCGGUAGUCAAGGGAGUUGCUUCAACGCAACCGUGGGGGUCUGUUAGACUGUGGGCAAAGCGAAGGUCGCCGCAACCUCAAUGA